AUGGCCUCACACACCACGGCCCAGUCCAACAAGCGGCCCCGCGUGUCGUUCGGGCCGGAUGGACGGCCUCUCUCUACAUCCUGGCCGGGCCGAGAUCGUGCGCCGUCCGUAGACGCCGCCGAGCGCCGCCACGUGCCAAAGGCGAAGAAGGCCUGUAUCAACUGCCGUAGCCAAAAGAUGCGCUGCGUGCCCAGCGACGAUGACCCGCGCACGUGCCGGCGUUGUCAGCGGACCGCCGUGCCGUGCACGUUUGUGCCGCGUGCCAACGCCGCGGUCCUGCCGUCGCAGCCGUUGAUGCCGUCCAUGUCGCCGCCCACAGCCACAGGAUCCUUGGAUGGCCCCUUCAAGAGCGACGUGCUGCGGCGGUUGCGCGCCGUCGAAGAGUACCUGGGUCUCGGGUCGUUGUCCACAGCAGCCACAGCCGGGCCUGUGGACGCAGCACCCCCGGUGGAGGGUGCCGAGGGACACGAUGCAGCGGCCAACGGCGUAGACUCGGACAUGGACGACGAAGACGUGUCGGACCUGCCUCCCACCUACGCAUCGCUCGGCGCGCUGUGGCAGGCGGUGGGCGUUCUCCGGGCCACCGCGCCGGCGUCCACGCCGCGGCGCCUUUGGACGAAGCGCACAGUCGGCGCGCUGUGGCUGGCGUUCCACGACCGCAUGCCCGGGCUGCACUUUAUGCCGCGCAAGCAGAUUUUCUCGGUGCCGCAGCCGCUGCUGCUGGCGUCCAUCUUGUUCUGCUCGAGCGUCCGCGGGCCGGCCGAGACGGCGGCGGAUCUCGCGCCGCACUACUAUGCGGUGCUCUGCAACGCCAUUGCGCAGCUCAGCAUCCCGGACAGCACCAUGGGACGGCCGCACCCGCCGACGGACGGCGGGCUGGCGGGCGCGACGGACGCCGACGAAGAGUGGGCCUUUCAGACCGUGCUGGGGAUUGUCCUGGCGGGCCUGCUGACGGAGGCGAGCAACCGCGUUGUCGGGCUGUGGAUCUCGGUGGCGCACCGGCUGAUCCUCGAGCACUGCCCGUCGUCGCUGGCGGACGGUGAGGGCCCCGGUGGUGGCGGUGGCGGAGACGACGACCGCCGCGAGUGGCGCAAGCUGUUCAGCGGCGUGCAGAUUAUCGAUCUCGAGCACGCGUCGCUGCACCUCAGCUGCCCUGUCAUUCCGAUUGAAAGCCCGCUGCCGGCACUGCACGUGGGAUACCGCGACCCACUGUACCGCCUGAGCCGCAUGAUGCACACGGGGCUGACGCAUUUCACCGGACGGGGGCUGCCGACCAUCUGGUCCGUCUUUACGAGCGAUGCCGGCGCCUCCACGCGAAGCACCGGCGGGGCCAGUACGCCUCCAUUUACGGCCAUUGACGCCGCCGUGAUCCGUGACUGGGCUCGCCAGCUCGACGACUGGCUGGUCGAGUUUAGCCGCAGCACGCCGCAGCUGGCCACGCUGGUCGCCGCCAGCACAAGCACAAGCACAGGCACAAACACGACCGCCGACACAAGGACAAGCACAACCGACACAUCGGCGGUGACGGAGCACCGGCGCCUCGUGUUCCGGCAGUACGUGCUGCACCGGCUGGUGGUGCUGAGCAUCUACCACCCGGCGCGCGGGUGCGAUCUGUGGAGCAACAGCAUCACGCCGCAAGAACAGCACGAGCUGCUGCUAAGCGCGCGGGCGACCCUGAAGCUGUACCAGCACGACGACAGCAUCUGGUCCAACUGGGACCUGGUGAUGAUUACCUGGGCAGCGCUGAUUGUCCUUCAGGGGGUGGAAGGGGGCGUUGGCGAGGUGGACGAUCUACAAAACAUCCAGGUCCAUCUCACGAUGCUCAAGCAAUUCUACGAGCCAAAGUCGCCCAUGUGCGGCCGCCUGAUUGCACGCCUCGAGGCGAGCCUCCAGGGCGUCCACACUCCGGUGGCGCCGGGUCCACAGCAGCAGUACAACAAUGCACAGCAACCGCCGCCAAACCAAAGCCAGUUCCAGGCGCCACAGCCGUCCUUUCUCGACCGCACAUCGUCGGGCCUCGGCUACCAGUCGUGGCACAUCUUUGACCAGGCCAGUCUGGAGCACAUUGGCUAUCCAGAGUGGUCCAUUUUGCGGCAGUAG